AUGUCUGACGACGCACAGAAGAAGGGUGGUGGCAUCCUAGGCGGCCUCGGCGACACAGUAGGAAACACUGUCGGUGGCGUGACCGAUACCGUUGGCAACACCGUCUCUGGUGUCGGCGACGGCGUGGGCAAGACUGUUGGCGGAGCGACCAAGGGACUGGGCGACACGACUAAAUCGGCCGGGGACUCUGCGAAGGGCACCACAGACUCCAUUGGUGGAAAGAAGCAGACUGGUGACAAUCCUUUGGGAUUGUAG